AUGGCGCAGUCUACCACUCCCCCGAAUCCGUCCAUUGCGGUGCAAAACCUCUCCUAUAAAUUCCAAGAUGGCUCCGCGGGGCUGGAGAAUGUGCAGCUGGAUCUCCCAUCGGGCAGCCGGACCCUGCUGAUUGGCGCUAAUGGAGCCGGCAAGACCACAUUGCUCCGUCUGCUCUCGGGCAAGCGUCUAGCCCCCACUAACACCAUCUCGGUGGGCGGCAAGGACCCUUUCAAGGAUUCGCUGGAAGGUGUCACCUAUCUGGGCGUAGAAUGGGUGCUGAACAGUAUCGUCCGCACCGACAUCGACGUGCCCACGCUGCUUGCCUCCGUGGGUGGAAACGCCUUCCCGGAGCGGCGGGACGAGCUGGUGGAGAUCUUGGAUAUCGACCUCAGCUGGCGAAUGCAUGCCGUUUCUGAUGGCGAGCGCCGUCGUGUGCAGCUCGCUAUGGGCUUGCUGCGACCCUGGCAGGUACUCCUUCUGGACGAGAUUACCGUGGAUUUGGACCUGCUCUCCCGCAGCAAUUUCCUCGACUUUCUGAAGCGGGAAACGGAGACUCGGUCCUGCACCAUCGUCUAUGCGACUCACAUCCUGGACAACCUCGCUCAGUGGCCCACCCAUCUUGCCCAUAUGCAUCUAGGUAAGGUCAAGACGUGGGGCUCCGUGGAGAGCUACUACGAUCAAGUGCCACAGUGGACGUCAGAGAACAGUCGACUUGGAGAGCUUGUUCUCAAAUGGCUCAAGGAAGACCUGGAAGCCCGUGGACCCCGCAGACAUGACGCCCGUUCUAGUCAAGGCAGAACGUACCAGUCUCUCGAAGGCAUCGGUGGUUACGGGCUGGAGAAGAGCAGCUAA